CUUGAGGCCGCGGAGGUCGUUGGUGUCUGUUGAACGGCUUGUGGAAGUCGUGGUGCCUUGGGUAGGGGUUAAAAUCGUUCUCGAGAGGAACGUCUCUGUCCGAAGAGAACAUGAGUUUAGCUCUGAGAAAUGAGCUUGUAGUAGACAAAACAAAGAGGAAAAAAAGAAGAGAACUCUCUGAAGAACAGAAACAAGAAAUUAAAGAUGCUUUUGAACUUUUUGACACAGACAAAGAUGAAGCAAUAGAUUAUCAUGAAUUAAAGGUGGCAAUGAGAGCCUUGGGGUUUGAUGUAAAAAAAGCUGAUGUACUGAAGAUUCUUAAAGAUUAUGACAGAGAAGCCACAGGGAAAAUCACCUUUGAAGAUUUUAAUGAAGUUGUGACAGACUGGAUAUUGGAAAGAGAUCCACAUGAAGAAAUAUUGAAGGCAUUUAAACUAUUUGAUGAUGAUGAUUCAGGUAAAAUAAGCCUGAGGAAUUUGCGACGUGUUGCCAGAGAAUUGGGUGAAAACAUGAGUGAUGAAGAACUUCGGGCUAUGAUAGAAGAAUUUGAUAAAGAUGGUGAUGGAGAAAUAAAUCAAGAGGAAUUCAUUGCUAUUAUGACUGGUGACAUUUAAAGAAUUACAAGGAUAAACACUAAGAAUGUUGCAGUUAUCAUCUUAUAUUCUAUUUUUGUGCCUGAAGCCGUGUUUAAAAAAAAAAAACUUAGUUCUUUUUUCCAAAAGGACCAAAAAUAAGCAUCUUAUGUAUUCAUAUUUUACUACUGUUAAGUUUCUUUGUACGAACAGUAUUGUUAGUACUCUAAUAGUUUAGCUUUGUAUUUAUAAUAUAGCUUUUAUAUAUAAAGUUUAAAAAAUUGAAUCAUGUGGUACACAUUUUUUG